GCGGCAUGGCGGCGAGCAAGGGCGCGAGCAGGAAGAGCCUGGUGUCGAGGACGCUGGAGCGUUGCAGGUCAGGGCUGGGCGGCGGCGGCAAGGUGUCGGCAGGGACGGCGCCGGGAUGCUUCUCGGUGUACGUGGGGCCGGAGCGGGAGCGGUUCGUGGUGCGCGCCGACCGCGCCAACCACCCGCUCUUCCGCCGCCUCCUCGACGACGCCGAGCGCGAGUACGGCUAUGCGGCGCAGGGCCCCCUCGCGCUGCCUUGCUCCGUCGACGCCUUCCUCGACGUCCUCUGGCACAUGGACCACGAUCACGACCACGACGGCGGUGAUAACGCGGUCGCGCCGUUGUCGUCGCCGAUUUGCGGCAUGCAGCGGGGCGGCAGCAAGAGCCGGUCGGCAGGGUACCGGGUGCUCAGCCCGGCCAAGUCGUCGCCGGCGUCCUUCUUCUUAUCGCCCAAGGCUUCGCCGAUCACCACGACGGGUGGCAAGAGAAGGUGAUACAGAUCGAUCGAUCAUCGAGCAGUACGUACGUAAUCUGCAUAUACUUAGUCGUCUCUGUCUCUCUCUUAGGCAUACAGGAUAAAGCUUAACUGAUUUAGGUCGAUAUAGGAAAUUAGGAAUCAAAAGGAAGAAGAUCUCUAUGCAUAUGCAUGCAUGUAAGCGUGUAUGCGUGUGGCCUACAAAAGAAAGCGAUGAGUUUUGGGGCGAAUGAUUUGGGUGUUCUUCCAUCCAUAAAAAAAACUGUAAAAUACGGAGCACGUUUUUAUGGAGUAAGGAUCAAGCAAGUAACCA